ACACACACUGUGGGUUUGAUAAUGAAUUCAGCCACUAGCAAGUGAUCGUUUAAUGAGUCUGCUGGGGUUAAUCAUCCCUCAUGUGUUCGAACGCAUCUUCAGCUCAUUUAUCUCAUAUCUCUGGUGGAAUCUCUCUGCUCUUCAUAUCUCCACCUACAACAAACAGAACCGGGAUGGAGCUGAUGAUGUCUUAUCUUCAUAUUUAUUUGGUUACCGUGGUGAUAGAGGGGGGUUUGAGGUCGGGGUGGGAGGUACAGGGACAACAUUGCUGAGAUCUUUUCAUAGAGUCGUUCAGUUCUGAAGAUAUUUUGAAGUCAUCGGGCGAAUGAUCAGGUGAAUCAUGGGCUCUGAAUACAAAACUGUCAGCAUCACUCAGCGUUUAACUUCAUCUCCUCUCUACAUCGCCAUCUACAUCUUACUGGUGCUGCUGGGGAACGUGGGUAAUGCCACCGUCAUCGGUGUGGUCGGGGAAAGCAUUCUGCGGGAUCCAGGAGUCGUCCGAAUGUCUGACGUGAUUCUGGUCAACAUGGCUCUAUCGAACCUGAUGGUGUCGUUGGUGAGAAAUACUGUUGUGAUGGUGUCUGACCUGGGAAGAGAGAUUUUCCUCAACAGAGACUGGUGUCAUUUCAUGAUGGGCGUCUGGGUUUGGUUGCGCUCUGCAAACGUUUGGUCAACGUUCUUUCUCAGCGCGUUUCAUUUUCAAACUCUGCGUCGAGUCACCCCACCUGUGGUCAAACUGCACGGACCGCGUGGACCUCCGUCAUCUCUCAUCCUCGGCUUCAUCUUCAUCUGGAGUCUCAAUUUCAUCUAUGCCAUUCCAGCAUUUAUCUUCUCGAAGAACGGAGGACAAAACUCCACUGAGACGUUGAUGUUGGUGAGCAGCACGACUCGGCCGUUGAUGGGCUGCAUCUGGGAUUUUCCAUCACCUUACAGCGGCUUGGCUUUCGCCACCUCCUCUAUGGUGAUGCACGAGAGCAUUCCCAUCUUCCUGAUGAACUUCACCAACUUCGGCUCUCUGCUGACUCUGUUCGCUCACGGACGCGCACGGAACUCUGACAAGACUCAAGAUGCACCGGUCAUAAGCCGGAUCCCUGCAGAGAGACGAGCGGCUAAGGUGAUUCUGGCUCUCAAUCUUCUCUUCAUCGCCUCAUGGGGCACAAACAUCAUCUCUGUCAACUACUUCAACUAUAACCGCGGAUCAUCCACUGAGUUUCUGCUUAUCGUGGCUCGCUUUGCUAACAUGAGCUUCAUCGCACUGUCGCCCAUCGUCCUCGCUGUAGGACACCGGAAACUCCGAGUGUUCAUAAAGUCUCUCCUGUCUCGCAUUUUCUGGACAGAGAAACUUCUCGGAUAGCCAGAGUUUACCGUCUGCCUUUUUGUUUUAUUGAAUAUUUUGUUUUUACAGAUACAGCUUUGGAUUGUUUGUCUUGCUCAAUAAAUGACUGUAAAGUCAAUGGGAUUGAAAUAAACACUCGGUGGAACUGUG